UAAAUAAUCCGCUUGCUUGCUUUAUGAGGGUCCGUCGGUGUGGGUACGGUAGCCACACGAUCUCAAACCAACGGCCGUCCCCGGACUUUUCUCACCAGCGUUCGUCCUGUCUAGUCGCCAUUCGAAGAAACCAAAAACCCAACGCACUUUCAUCUGUCGACCGAGUCGCAUCGAGUUCGCCCAUCAGUCCAAAUCCAAAUCGUUAACUUCCUCUUUCUCCUCCCGCCGAAACCCUAGUUCUCGAUCGAGGAAGAAAAAUCUGGGCUUCCGACGGAAUGUCUGAUUUUUUCAUAAUUGAUUAGAAUGAUGUCAAGACCUGUGGUACUCGUUUUUCUGCUGGUGAUACUUAUAAUCACGUCACAAUUUGAAUGGAAAGCACAACUUGCGAAUGAAAUAGAAGCAAGUCGAAGUAUAUCUCAGAAGCAGCAACAUGUAUCAAGCCGAGAAGAAAUUGUCAAAGAAAAAAUAAUCCUCUCACAAGAAAAGAAUAUUCAGAGGCUGAAUGAGCUUGUUCAGAGCCUUCAGCGACAGCUGCUGCAAUGCCGCAGCAGUAACAAUACAGUAAAUGGCACUGGAAAUUCUUUGGCAGCAAAUGUUAAUGAGAUUGAGGGGCAGCAAAUUGUGGAAGAUUAAGCAGCCUGGAACUAAUUAAAAUUACCUGACUGUCAUGGAUGUAUCUUUAUUCCAAGUACUGUUAUUUCAGUAGUGAAACAGUUCAGGCAGUCGAAAACAGCACAUUACCUGGAUCUUUGCCUGUUCAAUAAAGAAGUGAUGCCUUUGUCACAGAACACGACAGAAGCUGGUUGCCGAGCUGUCUACCUCUGUGCAGCAUGUUUGUACAUCUGUUAAAAUGAUUGCCUUGUAUCAAUAUGCUCAGUUAUUCUAAAAUUGGUGUUCUCAGUUGACAUAGUUAUCUCUAGAUACCAGACCUUUAAUUCCUCACCCAGUCUUUGGUUUCCCCAGAAGCACCUUGAGCUAUUUGUCGAACUGAUUUAUCGUUUAUUAUUUUGAUAUAUUGAGCAACAGUAAUGAUGGCAACAACAGUG